AUGAGUCGGCAGCUGAACUUCAGGCCUGGCGGAGACAAGGGCAGCUUCAGUGUGCUUUCUGCAGUAGUUCCCAGGAAGGCUUUGGGCAGCAUGGCCUCUUACCGUGCCUCUGGCCAAGGGGUUGGGGCUAGCUUUGGCAGUCGGAGCCUCUAUAGUCUUGUGGGAAAUCGACAUAUUUCCUUCAACACGGCAGGCAGUGGUAUUCGGGCUGGAGCGCCCAGCUUUGGGCAUGGCUCUGGGUAUGGAGGGGGCAGGGCAAGCGGCUUUGCUGGCAGCAUGUUUGGCAGUGUGGCUCUGGGGCCUGCAUGUCCAUCUGUGUGCCCACCUGGAGGCAUCCACCAGGUGACUGUCAACAAGAGUCUCCUGGCUCCCCUCAAUGUGGAGCUGGACCCCAAGAUCCAGAAAGUUCGGGCCCAGGAGCGGGAGCAGAUCAAGGCUCUGAAUGACAAGUUUGCUUCCUUCAUUGAUAAGGUGCGCUUCCUGGAGCAGCAGAAUCAGGUGCUGGAGACCAAGUGGGAGCUGCUGCAGCAGCUGGACCUGAACAACUGCAGGAAGAGUCUGGAGCCCAUUUAUGAGGGUCACAUCAGCAGCCUGCGGAAGCAGCUCGAGACCCUGUCUGGGGACCGGGUGAGGUUGGACUCGGAGCUGAGGAGCAUGAGGGACGUGGUGGAGGACUACAAGAAGAAAUAUGAGGUGGAGAUUAACCGGCGAACUGCAGCUGAGAAUGAGUUUGUGGUACUCAAGAAGGAUGCAGAUGCAGCCUACACAGUGAAGGUGGAGCUUCAGGCCAAAGUGGACUCUCUGGAAAAAGACAUUAAAUUCCUCAAGUGUCUGUAUGAUGCGGAGAUCGCCCAGAUCCAGACUCAUGCCAGUGAGACGUCUGUCAUCCUGUCCAUGGACAACAACCGGGACCUGGACCUGGACAGCAUCAUCACCGAGGUCCGUGCUCACUAUGAGGACAUUGCUCUGAAGAGCAAGGCUGAGGCAGAGGCGCUGUACCAGACCAAGAUCCAGGAGCUACAGCUGGCAGCUGGUCGGCAUGGAGAUGACCUCAAACACACCAGAAGUGAGAUGUCGGAGCUGAACCGGCUCAUCCAGAGGAUCCGCUGUGAUAUCACCAACGUGAAGAAGCAGUGUUCCAACUUGGAAAUGGUCAUCGCGGAUGCUGAGCAGCGAGGGGACAGUGCCCUCAAAGAUGCUCGGGACAAGCUGGAUGAGCUGGAAGGCGCCCUGCACCAGGCCAAGGGAGAGCUAGCCCGGCUGAUGCGUGAGUACCAGGAGCUCAUGAGCCUGAAGCUGUCCUUGGAUAUGGAGAUCGCCACCUACCGCAAGCUGCUAGAGGGCGAGGAGUGCAGGAUGUCUGGUGAGAAUCCAUCUUCCGUGAGCAUCUCAGUCAUCAGCAGCAACAGCUAUGGCAGCUAUGGUUACAACCCCAGCUCUGCGAGUGCUGACCUUGGGGCUGGCAGUGUGGCUGGUAGCCCCAGCAGCCCGCGAAGUGGCCAGAUCAAGUCUCGAGGCGGACGAGGGGGAGACCACCAGGAGUCCCAAGAGAAAAGUGUUCCAGCCAGCAUGCCAGCCAGGAAGACCACUCGAUAA